AUGUACCAAGAGCAUAUUGGACCUAUGAAUGAACAGAUACUCAACUUUAUAUUGGACGACAAGACAGCAACUGAUGAAGAAUAUGAUCAAGAAGUACAGAUAAUAGAUGAGUACACAGAGAAAAUACUCACAGCAACACUGAAAAUCGAAAUGGUAUUCAAUAGAGAUAUGAGGGAAAUUCGGUCCAACGUUACUGAGGACGAUUUUCAUUCAACGACUGUUUGUCAGAAGAAACGAUACAAAUUACCGAAAAUAGAGCUGAAGAAGUUUUCGGGUAACAUCAUUGAUUGGCUCAGUUGGUGGGCAUUGUUCGAAAAAAUCCAUGAGGAUAAUGAAUUAAGUGCAGCUGAUAAAUUUCACUAUUUAUUACAAUCUAUCGACGAAAAAAGCCAUGCGUAUGAUAUGGUAAAUGGUUUCCCAGCAAGUGCAGAUAAUUAUCCAAAGGCAAUAGCAGCAUUAAAAGAAAGGUUUGGAAACAAAAAGAUUCUAACACAAGUAUAUAUCAGGGAGCUGUUUCAAUUAGGGAUAAAGAAUAUUCAAGAGAAACCAGUAAUUUCCACAAUAUACGAUAAGUUGGUGGGACACGUUCGAUCACUGGAAUCAUUAGGAAUAACAGUAGAGCAAGCCACAUUAUUCCUUUUCCCAAUGGUGGAAGCAAGUCUACCUGAAGAAGCUUUAAUUGCAUGGCAACGAAGUACAUUGUACGAAACAGAUGGCUCGGCACAAAACCCCCCGAAAGGAAAGUUGGAUUUCUUGCUAGAGUUCCUAAAUCAAGAGGUCGAACGCGAAUAUCAACGGAGUUUAAUGCGAACAGGGUUCCUCGACGAAAAGGAAAAAACAAAGAAAAAGGAAACUUCAUUUGCUACAGCUGCUGGUUUACACACGCAAUCAAGUACAAAGCCAAUUUGUGUCUUUUGCAACAAGCAGCAUGCAUCUCAAGAUUGUUAUUCAAUACAAUCAAAAUCAAUAGACGAAAAAUGGGAAAUCAUAAAACAGAAUAAAAUCUGCAGCAAGUGUCUGAAAACCGAUCACUGGUUUAGAAAUUGUCCGACAAGAAGUGGGUGUGAAAUAUGUCACAGACCUCACCACAAACUUUUAUGCCGACAAGAAUCAGAAAUUAUGAAGUCAAAUUCCGGAUCAAACAAUAUUACAAACACGGUAGUGAUAUUAAAAACAAUUUUGGUCUCUGUGAAUUCUCAAAAUGGCCCAAUUACUGUACGAGCACUUUUCGACGAUGGUAGCCAUAGAAGUUAUAUCACCACGAGUUUGGCGAAACGAGUAAAAGGAAAAGAAAUUGGAAAAUUCUUCGAAAGAAACACUCUGUUCGGUGGUAUUUUGAGUGACAUUGAAGAACGCACCAUUUAUGAAGUAUCGUUGGGACCAAUAAACAAGAAACAUGUCUAUAAGAUGGAACUUUCGGACAAAGAAAAAAUUACCGGAGAAAUUCAGAAACUUCCGGAUGGAUUUUGGUUAGAAGAAUUAAAACUUUUGGGAAUUGUCAUUAAUGAUUGUCAAUCAGAUAACGAAGAACCAGACAUUUUGAUAGGUGCUGAUCUGAUGAACAAACUGACCACUGAACGAAACAUCUUGCUAAAAAGUGGACUAAAAGCGGUCGAAACAGUUUUCGGUUGGACAAUAAUGGGUCCUCUUCCUCAAGUAAACCAAUUAUGUACAUCAUUGGCUAUGUCGAUAACCACGAGACAAAUUGAUGAAACAACAGAGAAGCAACUAUGGGAAUUGGAAACAAUCGGAAUUAAAGAUCCUGUGGAAGUAAAGUCAAUGGAAGUAAGAGAUCAAGAAGUUAAAGAAUGUUUCUUAAAAACUGUAUCACAGAAGUCAAACGGGAGAUAUCAGGUAUCAUUACCAUGGGUGAAUGGAAAGCAAGAUAUUCCGAACAAUUACGACAUUGCAUUAAAGAGAUUACAGAAUUCAACGAAAAAACUGAAACAAACUGGGAUGUUCCUUACUUAUAAUCAGUUAUUCGAACAAUGGGAAAAAGAAGAUUUUAUUGAGCGUGUCGAAAUAGAAAAUCCAAUGGUCAAAACUGGCGGUCACUUUAUACCUCAUCAUGCAGUAUACAAGGACAGCAAAACAACACCCGUAAGGCCUGUGUUCGAUGCCUCAUGCAAAUCAGGAAGACAUCCAUCACUUAAUGAAUGUCUCGAGAAAGGACCAAAUCUCAUCGAAUUUUUAUCUACGACAAUCAUCCGUUUUAGAGAAUAUAGAAUUGGUAUUCUUGCGGAUAUCCGAAAGGCAUUUCAAAUGAUAGAAGUUCAUGAAGAUGACCAAAAUUAUCUAUUGUUCUUAUGGUGGGAGGAUGACUCAUGUAAACGAAUAGUUGUCUUCAAACACAAACGAGUUGUCUUUGGUCUAAAGAGCAGUCCAUUUAUCCUUGCAGCAGUAAUUGAGAAACAUUUGAAUAGUGUACAACCGCAAGAUAGAGAAUUGUCAACGAAACUGAAGAAAUCAUUGUAUGUAGACAAUACGGUAACAUCGGUAGACUCAUGGGAAGAAUAUAUGGAAUUCAAAUCAAAAUCAAUCGAAUUGAUGACUAAUGCACAAAUGGAUUUACGUCAAUGGGAACAUACGUGGAUUCCAGAAAUGGACAAAACCAGUGACAACACCGAAGAAAUGAUUUCGACAGUUUUGGGUUUAAAGUGGUGUAAGAAAUCUGACACACUUUCAUGUUCAUCAUUACCGACUAUACCAGAGAAAUUUACAAAACGAACUUUACUAGCAACAAUAAACAAAAUUUAUGAUCCCAUGGGCACGCUGUCACCUGCAUUAAUAUUGCCAAAACUAUUGUACCAAUCAACCUGGAAAAACAAGCUGACAUGGGAUGAAGAUUUACCGAAAGAAUUAAAAGAACAAUUCGAAAAAUGGGUUGCAGAAACGCAUUACUUAGAGCAAAUCAAAAUUCCACGGUGCAUGAAAGGAAACACGUAUACAAACGAAUCAAAAGAACAACUGCACAUAUUCUGUGAUGCAAGUCAAUUAGCAUACGCGGCUGCGGUAUUUCUGAGAUCAGAAAACACUGAGGGCAUUUCCAUUCAACUGAUUCAAUCAAAAGCAAGAGUGACACCAAUUGACAAAGUUACAAUUCAAAGAUUGGAAUUAAUCGGUUCUAACAUCGGAGCAAGACUAGGAAAUUCGGUUUUAAAGGCUUUGGACAAGAACAUUCAAUGUUUUUAUUGGAGCGACUCAACAACGGUACUUGCAUGGAUCAAACGUAAUGAUGAGUGGGGCACUUUCGUUGGGAAUAGAGUACGUGAAAUGCUGAAGCUAACCGAAGUAUCUCAAUGGAAUUAUGUACCAGGAAAAAUAAAUCCAGCAGACUUACCGUCAAGAGGUUGUAGUCAAAAACAAUUACUGGAAUCCAAAUGGUGGGAGGGUCCUUCAUGGUUGAAGCAACCACCCGAAUACUGGCCAAAGCAGAUAUAUCAAAUCGAUGAAGAAAAGGUUAAUGCUGAACGGAAAAAAGUGAUAACAGAAAACACAGUUUUGAAGAACGUUCCAACUAUAGUUGAUACCCCAUGGUUUGCAGCAAAGAGUUCAUUCAUCGUCAAUCUCCGUAUCAUCGCAUUGUUGAAAAGAUUCAUGCACAAUGCAUUGGCCAAAAUAAAUAAGGUCACAAGGAAAACUGGAUUCUUGUCAAUAGGAGAAAUUAAUGAUGCAGAAAAAACAAUGGUACAGUUAAUACAACGACAGGUAUUUCCACUGAAUGCUGAAAUCAUCGACGGACUUCGGGUAACUCAAGACAAUGGCAUAUACACUGUCGUUACAAAGAUACUGAAUAGGCAAGAUACUGGGAGAUUUAAGAGACCAUGGUUAUUACCAUCUAAUCAUCCCGUCACAACGCAAUUGGUUAUAGAAGAACAUUUACGAUACGGGCAUGCUGGAGUCCAGCUACUAGUAAGCAAACUCAGAGAAAAAUUCUGGAUCAUUCGAAUGAAAAAGACUGUUAAAAGCAUUAUCGGAAAAUGUACGGUGUGCAUUCGGCAUGGAAAAUCUACAGCAUCUGUACCCUACGCACCGUUACCAGAAAACCGGACAAAAGAUGCAAAAGUUUUCGAAAUAUCAGGCAUUGAUUUAGCAGGACCACUAUAUCUUCGUGAUAACUCCAAACAAUGGGUGGUGAUUUUUACAUGUGCCGUGGUAAGAGCAAUCCAUCUGGAACUAGUGGAUCAGAUAAAUACGGAGCAAUUCAUACUGGCUUUGGGAAGAUUCCUCUACAGACGAGGUCGAGUAUUGGUCAUAUACACAGACAAUGGUACGAAUUUCAUUGGAACAGUGAAUUUGUUUGGCAAACUGGAUUGGGAGAAAAUUCAAUAUAAAUUCAAAGCCGAACGCAUCGUUUGGAUAUUCAUUCCGCCAGCAGCCCCUUGGUGGGGUGGUUUCUGGGAAAGAAUGGUUCGUACAAUGAAAGAAUAUUUGCGCAAGAUUUUGGGACACAACAAGUUAACCAAGGUGGAGCUUGACACAACCAUUUGUUUCGUAGAAUCAUUGAUAAAUGCUCGUCCACUCACAUAUAUGUCGGAAGACCCUGAUGACCUGGAGCCAAUAACACCAUCAGCUUUUAUUCAAGAAAUGUCAUCAUCAGAAUACCCAGAAAUUGGAGAAAUCACUGGUAAGAAAAUCCGAGAAAAAUUACGACACAUGAACCAAUUGAAGGAGGAAUUGCGAAGUCGGUUUCGUACAGAAUAUUUGGGCCAGCUAAUGGAAAAAUCAAAAUCCAAAAUCCAUUAUCAAUUCAAAGUAGGAGAAAUGGCAAUUCUUCAAGUAGAUGACAAAAAAAGAAUGGACUGGCCUUUAGUACGUAUAAUCGAAUUAUAUCCUGGGAACGACAAUCAAAUUCGUGUGGCUCGUUUAAAAACAAUCAGCGGUGAUCUAAUCAGACCAUUGAAUCGAUUGAUUCCGAUGGAACUCGAAAAUGACGAACAAAUAUCUAUGACUAAGAUAACAUCAAAGAAAAAGAAAAAAGAAAUACCAGAAGUAGUGUUCGACGAUUCAAAGGAAGAACAUACAAGAAAUAAAGAAAUCAACACAAAAUUUACAAGGUCUGGUCGACAAAUCAAACAACCAAGUCGGCUACAAUACUAA